AGUCGGUGUUGUUAUGCUGAGUGUGCAUGCCUUCGCCUCACUGACAAGCUGGCCACGGCUAGCUUAAUGGGUUAGCAUACCUCGCUUCUUGCAUCUAUCCUCGUCAAGGUAGCCCUACUUAUACCAGACGUUGUCUUCAAACUAAGAGUGUCCGCCUCACUUGAGCGGUUAACUCACAUGUUUUCAUAAGUAUUGGGUUUAUUUUGAAAGUUUAUACCGGAAAUGCUUGUGUGGCCGUUGGGGACUUACAGCGGUUGGGCUCCUACUAUGCUGAGAUGGCAGCUAAUCUUUUGUACAACUCAUGAGCUGCGAAUAAAACAUGCCAUUCAGAUAUAGGGUUUGAUGUAGCGCAACGGCAAGUGGUUUCCCGCGUAAACGGCGAUUUUCCCCGGUGAGGAAUCGCUCGUGGUGCUGAAUUGCUACAGUUCUAGUAAGGAGGCUGAGCACGGGGAUUUCCUCGCCUGCUUGUUUUGUAAGCGGGGAGUUGUUUGCCACUUUCACAAGCAGGCGUUUAGAGGAGUCGUGGAAUGACACUGUGUAACUGGUUGCUUUUGUGAUAUACAGUUUGCCAAGACGUCGCGUGUCCACUGUAUGACAGCGCUUCUUGGUGGCUUGUCAACUCAUGCGCUUCUUGCUGUUCAAACCUGCUGCUUCAUCACCUCGUUGUGAAAAGGAGCAAGCGCAAGCCGAGGCAGCGGUUUAGCGAGACCAGACCAAGCAGCAGUAUAGGUGGACGCGGCUCUCGUGGCAUGACUACCAUAAACAAGGGAAACAAGGCCUUGAAGGUGAAGCGGGAGCCAGGGGAAAAUGGCACCAGCCUGACCGAUGACGAGCUGGUGACCAUGUCAGUGCGGGAGCUAAACCAGCAUCUACGGGGCCUGACCAAGGAGGAAAUCCUUCAGCUGAAGCAGCGGCGGCGUACCCUGAAGAACCGGGGCUAUGCUGCCAGCUGCCGGGUGAAGCGUGUCACCCAGAAAGAGGAGCUGGAGAAGCAAAAGGCUCUACUGCAGCAGGAAGUGGACAAGCUGGCAACAGAGAAUGCCAGCAUGAAGGUGGAGCUGGACGCUCUGCGUUCAAAGUAUGAGGCCCUCCAGAGCUUUGCUAGGACUGUGGCCCGCAACCCUGUCACCUCAGCCAGGGGACCUAUGGCCUCUGUCAUAGGACCACUCAUCCCCGGUAAAGGAGGUGCCACCAGCGUCAUCACCAUCGUCAAAUCCAAAACGGAGGCUAGGUCGUAGUAGCAGAAAGGGCGGGAGGAAGUUUUUCAAGACUAAACUAGUCAGUGCAUUGUAACAUGCCGCAGGACUACCUGUGUAAGUUCUCAGUUUCAACCCUUGACACUAACACUAACAAUAUGCUUCCCAAAUUCACUUUUAAAGCAUUACUCAGCAGUCUGUACCUGUCAAAUAGACAUUUUCUGCUUUAAAGUGACACAGUCAAAUUGUGGGCUUUAGGACAUCACAGUUAGUUGUUGAAGAAUAGCGACGUAUUGACAAUACUGAAACAUUUCAUAUAAAAAGCAGAUAGUGGUUGCAAAUACUCAAGAUAGCAAUAUUGAGUAGAAAAAGUACAAAGUGGAAUUAAAUUCAGACCGUUAUCGAUUUUUGAUAAGGUACUGUGUGUGAUGUGUCUGUUUCCUUAAGACUGAGCUCUUAAGACUUUUCCGUCCUAAGAAUUGGCAUUUGUAAAGUCUCAAAACAACGAUAUGUUUCAGACAUUAGUCCUCACCCCUAAACCAGUUUGGUUGUUAUUAUGCACUGACUUAAAUUUGGAUAAAUGACAACGGUCACAAGCUCUUGGUGUGGAUACUCCAAAUGUCUUCAUAACAGCCUGACUAACCCAAAACUAGUACAUUUUUGUUGGUCGCCUGUCAAGAAAAUAAUUGUGAAAUAAUGCUCCCAAAUCCAGCAUUCAUUUCUGUUUAUCUGUGACAGGCUUUAUUGAACUUGUCAUUAUCAAUAUGACUGGUAGAUGCAAUAAUAUACGUAUGCACUGAAAAUACAAAGAGGUCUUGCAUAUUUAUGGUUAAGUGGAGAAAAAAUAAAAAUGAUCAGCAGUUCUUAAUGAUAUUGUUCCAGAGCUGAGUGCCAUUCCAAUAUGACAAGAUUCUUUUACAAUAGCUGAAUACCUGAAUGUUAUAACAGUAAUAUCCUCAUGUUUUGUGGGGACAGUGAAAUCCACAAACAUUUUGAAACAUAAUUUUUGCUCAUAGAGAAAAUAUGUUCAAGUUGUUUUGUUUAAUAUAUAUAUAU